CAACAAAAAGUAUGUCAUAAACACGCUUAUUGUAUGCUCUCGCCAAACAAGAACGCUACGUAUGCUAAUUGUUUCUCACUUCUCCAAGAAAUCAGGCAAAAAAGAAAAUAAUAAUUAUAAACAUCCGGAUUCAGUCAAGGUGUUUUUUUUUUUUACAGCAGAAUACAUCUGGCAGUCGGAAAUGUCUGCUGUUCUACGUUGAGCUUUCUCGUUCUCCACCUCGUGGUGCUUCGAUAACAAAAAUUAUUGAUUUUCCCAUUUUCUUGUUGGAUACUCCGUCCUUCUCUGACCUUCUGCUAACCCUCAUUCUUCAUUAGGGUUUUACCAUGAAUGGUAAACAUAGCAGAAAAACUGGUUGCGUGGAUUUACAGAAUCCUCACAUCGAAGAACUAGGAGUAGAUCAUCUUUAUCAUAUUUCACUAAACACUCAGACUCAUAAUUUGCCAGAAAUGUUUUCAGACGUAAAGUUUGUAUGUACAGGAGGUACUCCUAGAAGGAUGGAAAAGUUUGCACAUUUUGUACAAAGAGAAUUAGGCAUAAAAUUACCCACGGGAACAGCCUUGUAUGAUAUAAGUGCCCGUUCUUACAGAUAUUCCAUGUAUAAAGUCGGACCUGUGAUAUCAGUUAGUCAUGGUAUGGGAAUUCCAUCUUUAUCUAUACUUUUACACGAGCUCAUCAAGUUGAUACAUCAUGCUCAUUGCGAAGAUGUCACCUUCUUGCGUCUCGGAACUUGCGGGGGCAUAGGUUUACCUGGUGGCACCUUAGUAAUUACAUCUGAAGCCGUUGAUGGAUUGCUUAAUCCUUAUUUAAAACUGCAUAUUCUUGGAAGAGUUGUAAAGAGACCUGCAGUUAUAGAUAAGGAUUUGGUUCAAGAAUUAAAAGAAAUCGCAGACUCGGAGCUCAACGAAUGUAGCACGGUUGUGGGCAAAACGAUGUGUACUGAUGACUUUUACGAAGGUCAAGGGAGAUUAGAUGGUGCCUUUUGUGAUUAUACUAUGGAAGAUAAAAUGGACUUCUUGAACGAAAUUCAUUCAAAAGGAAUCACGAAUAUUGAGAUGGAAUCACUUGCUUUUGCGGCAAUUUGCCAGCAUGCCGGUGUUAAAGGUGCUGUAGUGUGCGUAACUCUUUUAGAUCGACUUCAUGGUGAUCAAAUUGACACAUGUAAAGAAACUCUGGAAUAUUGGCAAGAAUUACCACAAAAAUUGGCUCUUGCAUUCAUAAAAAAGCGUAUGAAUUUGACUUAGUUUAAAUGUGUUAUGUUGUUCCUGCUAUGAUUAUCCUAAUUAUGUUCUGCUGUGGUAAUAAAACACGGUUGUUUAAAAAAGUUUUAAUAAAAAGUGAAUGUAGGCAA